AUGGAUGUUGCGAGUAAUAGUAGGGGAUUUGUCAUUGUAGUUGUUUCAGGCAAAGAGAAUGGAUUUAAAAUCGGUGCAAAGAACGGCACUGGUCUCUCAAUAUGGAAGAAAAAGAGUGACAACAAAUCGAAGAACGAAAUACCGAAAUUCCCAAAUUGGCCUCUUCUUUGGAAUUUGAUUUUCUGUCCAGUAAAAGCGCAAGAUUAUCGAAAACUUUGUGGCAUCUUUAUAAUUCAACUAUUGAGUUGUGCGUGUAUGGGAUUCAUCGAAGAGAAACUAAUGAAAUUUUCUUCGGGUGGCUAUCAUUAUAUUCUAUUAUCUCAUCCCGAAGUGGCUCAGGAAGUACUGAAGAGUUACACCGUGAUCAACAAAGAUUGGCUUUAUAAUAUUCUUCAUCCGUGGCUGGGAACAGGUCUUUUAACAAGUUCGAACGAUAAGUGGAGGCAUCGUAGAAAAUUGUUAACACCAGCAUUUCACUUUCGAAUUCUCGAAGACUUUCAAGGAAUUUUUAACGAUCAGUCAAACAUCUUAAUUCAAAAGUUGAAGAAGAAAAAGGAAAAUGAAGAGUUUCUUAUUGAUGAGCUAAUCAGACUGUGCACUUUGGAUAUUAUUGGAGAUUCAGCAAUGGGAGUUCAAUUCAACAGUCAAGACAGAUCUGGUAACGAGUACGUUGUUGCCAUUAAUCAUAUAACAUCUGCAAUUAUUCAAUGGUUCACAAAACCUUGGUAUUGGUUCAGUCCCAUUUUCAACUUGAGUCCCUUAGGAAAACAAUUUCACAAAAACAUUGAAACCAUUCACAGAUUCGACAGAAAGGUAAUUAGAGAAAAGAAACGGAAAAUGAUCGAAGAACUGAAAGAUAAUCAAAUAAUCAACAACUUUCAAGAAGAGAAUGAAGUUACAGGGAUAAAGAAAAGGCGAGCAUUUCUGGAAUUACUACUGUGUCAUCAUUUAACGGAUAGAAGUCUUAGCAAAGAAGAUAUCAGAGAAGAAGUCGACACUUUCAUGUUUGAAGGGCACGACACAACGGCAAUGGGAAUUAGUUGGUCUCUUUAUUUGCUAGGAUUGCAUCCCGAUAUACAAGAAAAAGUAUACCAGGAGCUGGAGGAAAUUUUUGGUGAAGAGAUGCAUAAGUCUAUUACGUCCGAAGAGCUUAGAAAAAUGAAGUAUCUGGAAUGUGUUGUCAAGGAAACACUUAGGAUUUAUCCUCCGGUACCAUUCAUAUUGAGAAAAAAUCCUUCCGAUAUGAAAGUAGGUAAUUAUAUCUUGCCAGCAAAUUCGUCUCUUGCAGUAAACAUUUAUGGAAUUCAUCAUAAUCCAACGGUGUUUGAAAAUCCCGAAGUGUUCGAUCCGGAUCGAUUUCUACCAGAAAACUGCGAGAAACGUCAUCCCUUUGCAUUUGUGCCGUUCUCUGCCGGUCCACGCAAUUGCAUAGGUCAAAGAUUCGCCAUGAUGGAGAUGAAAACAGUUUUAGCGAAUGUUAUUCGUCAUUUUCGAGUGAAGUCUUUGGACCAUAGAGAUAAGAUUUUCGAAUCCGGUGAUGUCAUUCUUUGUCCUAAAUUCGGUAUAAGAAUGACUAUCGAAAAACGAUGAAAAACGGAGAUAUUUUGUUUCAGAAAAGAGAAAAUCCAUAAAUUGCAAACCAGUUGUUCAUAGUUCAAUGUUUCAUGUAUUCCAGGUUGUUAUCAAUAUGAUAAUCCGCGUAGGGUAAGAGUGGACAUGAUCAGCCUAAGCAGGAAGGCUCUAUGUUAAAUAAAAGGAAUGGAAUACGAUCUGUAAACGUUUACAUGUAUUUUUGAUCUCUUUUAGCUGUUUUGUUUUUUACAUUAUUAAAAGGUUUU